AUGCUCGGCCGGGCUCUCAUCCUGCUUUACGAGAAAUUCGAUCAUAUGAUCAACAAACAUGCCAGAUUUGAUACACUACAGAAGUUCCGGCUUCACAUUGUCCCAACCUCACAGAAGACUGCGUGGGAAGAGGUCGUUGCUGCAACAGCCAAUGUGGAUGCUGUGAAAGACGUGAGCCAAUCUCCGAUAGACGACCAUGCGUCGGGCAUUGCACCAUAA